AUGGGUAUCAAAGGAUUACAUGGUCUCCUCAAAUCUAUCCAGAAACCAUGCCAUCUGAAGAAGUUCAGUGGCCAGACCCUUGGAGUUGACGCCUAUGGAUGGCUACACCGCGGGACGGUGGCAUGCUCUGUCGACCUAGUUUUGGAUAGGCCGACUAGGAAGCAUCUCGAUUUCGUCCUAAAUCGUGUUCGCAUGCUCAUCUACUUCGGAGUGAAACCCUACCUCGUAUUCGAUGGCGACAAUCUGCCCAGCAAAGCAGGUACCGAACAAGACCGCCUUCGAAGACGUCAAGAGAGCAAGGCACUCGGACUCGAACUACAGCGGAAAGGCAAAAUGCCAGAGGCAUAUCAGGAGUUCCAAAAGGCCGUCGACGUCACCCCCUACAUGGCCCGGCAGCUUAUCGAAGAACUGAAACAGAUGGAUGUACAAUAUGUGGUGGCUCCGUAUGAAGCAGAUUCCCAAUUGGUGUACUUGGAACAGCAGGGUCAUAUUCAAGGAAUCAUUUCAGAGGAUUCCGACCUGCUCGUUUUUGGAGCUAAAAGGCUAUUGUCUAAAUUGGAUCAGCAUGGCGAAUGCAUUGAGAUCAAUCGAGCGGAUUUCACAGCAUGCCGAGAGGUCAGUUUGGUGGGCUGGAGUGACGCGGAUUUCCGCCACAUGUGCAUAUUGAGUGGUUGUGAUUAUCUGGCGAAUAUUCCCAAGAUGGGAUUAAAGACUGCUUAUCGCAGUAUUAGAAAGUACAAGACUGUGGAAAGGGCACUUCACAUGAUACAAUUUGACGGCCAGUUUAAAGUGCCAGCCGACUACUUGUCUAACUUCAGGCAGGCUGAACUGACAUUCUUAUAUCAACGAGUCUUCUGCACCACCGCCCAAAAACUUGUCACCUUGACGGUGCCCGAGGAUGGGGUCAACAUCGACGAGCUUCCUUUCAUUGGAGCUGAUGUCGAGGCGGCGACUGCGGCCGGGGUUGCUCGCGGAGAUCUAGAUCCGUCGACGAAAGAACCGAUUGAAUUGAAACCUAUGGCCACAGGUAAAUUACCCCUGGGUAUCAGCCGUCGCCAAACACUUGGUUCAUCUUCAGAGCUGAAGCCCAGCAAGCCAAUAAACUCUUUUUUUACGCCAAAGCGCACGCCUCUGGGGGAGCUGGACCCGAACAGCCUCACCCCAUCUCCGAGCCAGCAACGGCUUCUGGAGCGGAAUACGAACAACUCCUGGCAAGCCAACUCGGCUCCCUUGCGCUCUAACUCGACCCGCAACACUCCUCUGCGGGCCUUCUCCGACCAAGCUGGCCUUAGUCCUAUGGUCCGCAGUGUUGAAAGGAACUCAUUCUCGUCUCAGCCUACCCGAGGGUCAACCCUGCAGCGAGCGGCAACCAUACAACCUAUCAAGCGACAGAGACUUUGUUCUGAAGCUGAGGACGACUCCCUUCCGACACGUCCUGAUUCCCGCAGUCGGUUCUUCGGUCCCAAGGCAGACCAAGCAAGCCCGACGGGCCAGAAAUUGUCACGGAGCAAGAAGCAGCGAAAAUCGAUGAUGGAUGUUUUCUCUGAUGAAGUCGCCGAAGAUAUCUUCUCCAGUAUCCCCGAUGUAGCUACUAGCGCCGAGCCUACCGAGCCGCAAGGAUCGACGAUCCAAGCAUCGGCUGCUAGUGAUCACGACAAGCAGACUGUUAAUGCCUCCUCGGUCAAUAGCGCAACCAAACUUGCGCCCCCGCCGGCCACAAAACCUGCCAAAGAUGAUGAGUUUGAUCAAGCCUUGGAGUAUCAUGUACAGCGACAGAACACGACCAUCCUUUCCAAAUUUACCUUCAAAUCAAGUCCGCAGACAGAAUCUGUCCCAACUCGCUCCCCGGCUACUCGACUUCCUGUGAUUCAGCCCCGCGAUCGGCCUGCUCCUCUUGGUUCCCCCAGGACACCCGGAGGAAACCCUCAGAAUCGAUCCCCGCAGCGCAGACGCUUGACCCCACUUCAGCGUAUGGGGCAUGCUGCAUUGACUCGGUCCCACAGUAUCAACUUCCCGACCAAGCUUCGUCUAGCUAAUAGUAUGGAAUCUCAAUCUGAUACUAGUCCUAUGCCUGCAGAGUCCUGUGUGACAGGGGGCAGCAGCGCUCAAGGCAGCGAAGAUCUCAUCAUUCCCGACAGUGAAGAUGAAGAGGAGGAUGAAGAGGGAGAAACAAGGAUGUCGGCCCGAGCUAAGCCUUUGGACCUCAAGCGUUUCUCAUUUGCCGCCCAUUAA